AUGGUCAGCAUCAAACACUUGCUCGAGAAACGCAGAGGAGCUGGUGGCGCACGAGGAGGGGUCAGUGGAGGUGGUGGAGGGGGAAGGGGAGGAGGAGGGAGUAGCAGCGGUGGGAGCAGCUCGGGCGGGUCGAAGGACGGUGGGUCGUCUUCGUCGGGGUCGUCGAGCAAGGGAGGGACUUCGUCCGGUUCUUCCAACCGCGGCGGCCUCCCCGGCUACAGUCCCUCAACCUCGACCUUCGGCGGCGGUGCCCCUCGCACGAUCCCAGGCGGCGGCGCCUUCGCCGGCCGUCAAUUCGGCGGUGCGACACGCUCGUCCAUCUACUCCGGCUACGGCUACGGCGGCGGGUACGGGACGUACGCGCGAGGCGCAGUGUUGGGCGGGAUCGCAGGGUACGGGUACGGACGCGUCGCGGGCCUGGGAUUCCCGUUCGGCUUUUGGCCGCUCUACUACGGCCCGCACUAUUACGGGGACGACGAAUACGGACCGCACAGCAACUCGUCAAGACCCGGUGGACCCCUUGCGGCGGCUUCGUUCUCCCCGCCCGGCGGGAACUCUUCUGCUCCGCCACAGUACAUGGUCUAUGGCGACCAAGACUCGGUGGGGAACGUCACGCAGGCACUGGCGUCGCAGUGUCAGGCGGUGGCGGUGGUCGGAUCGACGCCUGUGACGGACAACGGGACGUACCCCUCCUCGACCAACACGACUCUUCUCCCCGCCCUCGACCCGAUCAACGUCGAGUCCUACUACCGCGCGUCGUCGUUCGCUCUCUACUCCUUCUUCACCGACUCGGCGCAGCAAGGCUCGAACGCGACGACGAACUACACCGAGCCCAUCUCGACUCCGCCGUUCAAGUACGAUGCGAGUCUGAGGGACCGCUCGUUCGAGUCGUGCGUCAACGACACGAUCUCGUCGACGUUGCCGAUUGAGGAUGGGUACCAGGGCGACUCGAGUGCUGCGACGGCGUUGUGGCGGAAGGGAGCGAGGGGAGAAGCGUGGGUUGCGACAUUGGCGGCGGUGUUGGUGUUGAGCGGGGUUCGGUGGCAGGUCUCGCUCGUCGUCGUGCUCGCUGUUGUCGUUGCGCUUCACGGGCAGGCGUGA